AAAUUAGUACUAAAAGUCUUCUUAAUUUUCGCUCCAAGUAUGAAGUAUUUUUCCCUUGUUCUUUUUGAAUUAGCGAAAAAGGUGAAAGAUUUUUGUAGUGUUAGUAAUAGAAAUAUCAUUAGUGUAGCGACAGUAUAAAAGGGCUUAGGGCCAGACCAGGGUUUUAUUCAUAAAAAUCUCCAGCGGAAAAAUGACGGAGAGCGAGGAUUAUGUUAAUAUGUUUUUGAUGACGAUGGAGGAGGAGCUUGAGCAGUAGAACCUUCUUCAGGUCCAUCUGAAAAAAGUGUAAAUUUUACAUGCUUCCUUUCCCUGGAGCAUCCUAUGUUGGCUUUUGUCUUCUUUCAGUGUUCAACCUGCAUAACUCCCGACAUUUUGAAAGUGAGUAAAUAGUUGUUUCAUCUAUUCUAUUGGUUUAGCAGAAGAAAUCUCAUUUCUAUCAGAGGAUUUGUUUAGACAUUACAUUGAGCCUGUCUGUGCCGAGUUGACAAGAUUCCUUCUGAAGAAGCUCCUUAACAUACUAUUGAAGUAAUAUUACAUUGGAUGACAAAAUGUUGGAUGAACCUUUUCCAGAGGCUCUCUGUCUCAAUCCAAUGACAAUUGAAGAUGCAAAUGGUGUGACUGAUAAAGAUGAAAUAAUUGAGAAUCAACGUAACUUGCCAAUAACAGCUGUUGCAGAGGUGAUAUGUAGGUUGCCUCCUAGUCAUGAACAAUUUACGGUUAUGCCACAAGAUGUCCUGGAAAAGCAGCAAAAUUUUGUUUCUCCACAUAAGGGGAGAGUUCGAUGGACAAUUUCGGACACACUUACUCUAAUCAAUGCAAAACAAUUGGAGAAGAAUGUGCACUCUGUUGAUGGUGUAGUAAAGAGAACAAAAUCAGCUCUUGAGAAAUGGAAACAAAUUUCAUUACAGUGCCAAAAGAGUGGCCUUCGUCGCAAUGGUACUCAGUGUCGUGACAGGUGGGAACAUAUCAUACCAGAUUAUAAGAAGAUCAGAGAUUAUGAAAGGAAUACUCCCCCUGGGCACAUGAGCUUUUGGAACAUGAUGGCGAAGGAGCGUAUGGAUAAGAAGUUACCUACAAACUAUUCAAAGGAAAUUUAUGAAGCAAUAGAAAACUAUUUUGGUCAGAACCAAAGUGGUAGUCCCGCAGACAUGAUAAUUGACACAUCAGCAUCAGAUCAUAGACCUUUUGAUGAGUGCCAUUUUCCUGUGAAAAAUUCACCUCCACAGGACAAUGGAUCUCUGGAGUCACCAUUUCAGAGUGUGAGUGAAAAUUCCUUUGAUAGAUGUCAACAGUAUGCAGGAAAGAGGCCUAAAAUGGUGCUUGAUACUGCAGAUGUUGUAGAAACCCUUAUCGAGAACAAUAAGAUGUUAGUUUCUAAUCUCAAAAUGGCUGAGGAAGGGCGCAUGAAACGCCAUGAGAGAUAUUGUAGCAUGUUUGAAAGGAGAAUGGAAAUGGAUGAAAAGUUCCUGAACCAUCAUGCAAUGAAUAUGCAAAGAGUUAUCAAUGUUGAGGAGCAGAAGGUGAAAGCACAGCGCGACUUAGUUUCCGCACUAAAUACUAUUGGGCAAGCAAUGCUGAAGAUUUGUGAAUCUGUUGACAAACAAGUCUGAUCUGCCUUAUAUGCUUAUUUGUUUCCUGACAGUGAGGCUUAGCUGGAAUUAUCAACAGCUAUACCUUGCUAUGCAUGGUUCUGUCCAUCUUGUGGCAAAGGAAAUCUUUUGCGCCAGUUUUUAGGAGUGUCUGUGAAGUCUGAUCAAACAGUAUCUUUAGUUUUGUUCAAUUUUUUAUGCCUGUCUGGAGAGAUUUGUUCUAUUUCUGUAGACACAUACGAAUUGAUAAAAAUGUGGCUGGAAUGUUAUAUUUCUUCUUGAUUUAUUUCGGGGAAAGCUUUCCCUUGAUUGGAUUGCCAUGGAUCAGUUUUAUCUUUCUGGAUAUCCAAAUUAUUUGUUUUUAGAUUCAUGUUUAUUGUAAUGUAAGUGACUUGAGUUUUAGCAGCUACUGUUGGCUAUAUUUUGCUUAGGCGUUAUUAUAUCUAGCCAGAUUUAGUGACUUUGCAGAACGUAAGCAACUUAUUGGUCAAGCAUUUUAAUUCUUGACUGAACUGAAUUUUCUACCAUCAUAUUACAUGUGUUCCAAUGGAGUGAUUUUUAUGAUGCC